AAAAGCUCCUUCUAGGAAGUGUUUAAUCUUCUCGAAAGUGCACUCCUGGCAUCGUGUGACAGUUAUGUUUGGUGGUUUUUUCGACGAGCUGUAUACUGCAGCCCACUUCCUGUUAGCAACUUCCAGAGAUCACAGCUUGUCAGAAAGGCAGCCCACAAGCAGUGGAGGCCCUUGGCCAUAGGGGUUGGUUCUGCACGCAGGGACUGGAGGAGGAAGUGACUCGUGUGCAAGCGGACACGCGUACAACAGACGGCAAGAAGCGCCGGCACACCCCGCUGACGCAGACUCUCGCCAAACCUCCCCUCUCUCCCCUCCCCGGGGAGCAGGAACGGACCGGCAGACAGCAGCUGAGGCGUUCCGAUGGCAUCCAGCCACACGGUCAUGCAUCUGCAGAGGAAGCUGAAGAACCUGCAGCAGCAGCGUGGCGAGAAAGGGGGCAGUCUGGAGUCCAGGACCCUGGGCACUGUGGUACCUACUAUGAGGAGCACGAUGAGUGGGUCUCCCCUCACCCCCCCCAGAGAUGCCCAUCACUCCCACAGGGGUGUGCCACUGCUCCACCCUAUGCCUGGUGUGCUGGUUCAGAGCCUGGAUGGAUUUGUGACAGAUAUGAGGACCCUGACCAAGCCAGAAAACGAUCCCAAAGAUUCAACAUAUGGUAGAGGGGAGGUCCAGUCCUCGGCCAGAGAGUCCAUACUAUCUGGAAGGGGCUCCAGCAAGCCCUUCUCGGAGCUCCUGUCGCUGGGAAGGAGUGUACCGGUGGUUUCCGUGCCGCCUUCGGCUCUCGCCCCCGAUCCAUGGAGGUCAGAAAGCACACAGAAUUUCUCAAUACGGCCCUCGUUUGGCUUUGUGCCCCCCUCUGCCGUCGCCCAUCCCAUGGGAGGCUACUAUUUCCCGAGGGGCACAGCAGCCAACAUAGAACUGUCUCCACAAAGGCUACCCAACAGCGGUCAUCAAAUAGACUCUGGUCCCAGCACCCGCAGAGAUGUCCUCUGUCCACUGCCCGGGUACCUUGGUGCAUUUACCGACUCAGCCAUGAUGUCGCCGUCUCAUCAAUACCCCGCUUACCUUCCUCAUGUCCCUAUCCAGCCAUUGUUUUACAGAUUUGACACGUCCUGUCUUUCAUACAAGAAGAUGCCUCUUCAGACUUCUGAGCUGAGUGCAUUUUCUCCUCUGCACUCGUUCCACCCCCUGCCUGCGGACCCCAUCGCUGCCAGGCCGCCAACCCGCAGGGCUGGGCAGCAUGACAGCGAUGCCGGCAGAAGGAGGAUUAAGGAGACGAUCGCAAACCAUAAGGGUGUGGAGAGCAGGCUUGUCGCUGAUACCGAGCUGGGGUUUCCCCAGAAGAAAGAGAGGAGGAGACAGAGGGUCGCAUUGGGCAAAGCCCCCGGCCUAGAGGAGGACAAGCAGCACAAAGACAUGAUGGACUUGAGCUCAAGGUCAAGGACGUCUCCACAAGAGACACAAAAGGGGAGAAGAUUCCGUGGAACCAUCACAACUGAACGCAAGAGCGUCUUCAUUCCAGAAAAAUCGCUUCAUCCCAUUAAGGAUCAUAUGCAUUCCCAAAAUCCACCACGAGUAGAAGCAAAACUCUGGAAUGGUUUCAGCAGAAAAGACAGUGAAACAUGCUCAGCCCAAGUGGAUUCUGGGAGCUGCCAGAGAAGCCCAGAGCCACAGAAUUCAUUAAAGGCAUUAGACCUCAGUCCGAGGUACCAGCAGAAUAAGUAUAGGGAUGAACAUAAGCAAAUGAGCAGCUGUACCAGUCGAUGCCAGGACCCUCCCAACAACCAGGAGGCGCCCAUCCCCCCACAUGGACAGGUGAAGGAAAGGGUACUUUUGCCACCCAGAGACGGGACCAGCCCCAGACAGGGUCAUAGAGUGGUACGGUCCAUUUCCAUGCCCAACCUCCUUUUAAUGCAGGUUCCUCUAGCCAAAUACGAAGUAUUUAAGGCUAUGUACGAGACAGGAGUUAGUGUGAAGGAGGCACAGCAAAAGGAAGACCUUAAUUCAAACAGAGCUCCAUCUCAGGGUGGAGCAAAACAUGACGUCAGAGCGCCAGGGUCUUUAGAACCGGCGUUUGACACAAGGACUUUGAUCUGGUGCAUCGCCGAAACCAAGCAGGCAGAAGGGAUGCUUCAGCCGUCUGCCGAAAGAAGUGAAAAUUCAACUCAAGAAAUACCCAAAACAACGAUGGACAGAGCGGGAAACUCCGUGUCCCCAGCAUACAUUUCUGUGUGUGACAAUAAAGAACUCUUCAGCAUGGCUCAACACGAGUCACCAGGGGCGGCGACGAUAAAGCCUUCACAAAACACGAAAAGACAACUGUCUGAAGAAGCAGAUCUCUCUCUUCAAUCUGUCGCCCAGAAGAGGAGAUCCACUGCACCCUCUUCACCUCCACCCCAAAACAGCAUCGUGGGUGCACCUCCCCUGGGUGGGAGUGAGCCAGAGAACCUUUAUUCCACUCUGCUCGACCUGAAGCCUCAGCUCUAUCCUGAGUAUAACGAGGGUCAUACGGACCCUGCAUGUGAUUUGGCCAAGUUUGAAGGUCAAAAUCGAGGUGAGGUUCAGGAUCUGGGCUCCACCGGCUUCUCAAGUGAAGAGUCCAUGGAGAUGUCCCCAGACCAUGAGAAAAGGUGGAAACCUCAGUGGCAGGGCAUUGAGGAGAUCCUGGAGACCUACAGAGGCUACGCUGAAGAGAGAAUAUUUGAAGAAAAGAUACUUGAAGAACAACUCAGGGUGUUGAAGGAGAAAAACAAUGAAUUGAGUUUAAUUGCAAAAAAACUGAACACUCGAAUACAGAGUCUACAGGCCACCAAAGAGAGACUGGAGAAAGAGCAGAGGGAGCACGAGGCAGCCCUGGCCUCCCUAAGGAAAUGUCUCAGCCUCGUCUAGCGAUGGGGACCUGACCUCUAACAAACACAGCACUUCUCAGCUAAAACCUUCAAUUCGACUCUUCAGUUCACUUCCUUUAUUCUUCUACUUCCGAUUUACAGGAAUGUAAAUUUAUUUAUACAUGUUAUUUCAGUGUUAUUCCAUAGUAUAGAUACGACGUAAUUGGCAGACUAACAUAGCAAGCGCAGAACUAGUCCUUUUAUGACCUAAAUAUAUACCCUCGCUGUACAAUAGCCAUCUACUGUCUACUGAAACGAAUAUGUACUUGAUUAUUGUAUGAUUUUUACACUAUAUAAAAUGCACGAGUCCUCUGUAGCACACAGGUGAUUUUUGUUACAGGCAAUUUGUUCUCUAAUGCGGCAAAAAUUGGUUUGAUUAAAGAAGGCAUGAGAGAGUUACCGAAAUGAGAGGGAGUGGGAGAAAGUAGCCCAGCUGUAGAACAUAUGACGACUGAAAAUAAUUUUCGCUGAUUAAAUAAACUAUGAGCUCAUUUUGAAAUUGAA